GUAACACCCACUCAAUGAAUAUCGAUAUUGGAUUUGGGAUUUGAAAUGCAAAUUUUGGCUGCAAACUUCACCUGUCAAACCGCAAUAGAUACUGAAAACACUAUUCCGUUACAUACGGUGUCACGUCGUUUACUUAUUAAAAUUUAAAGAAAUUAAACAAACAAAUGUCUGGUUCGUAUCCACCAAGCGAGACUGUGGAUAGCAACCAGGAAACUAUGGAAAGAAUUGCGCCGAACGAUGAAGUUUUCAACGCGAAAAAUAUAACAGAAUCCGAGAACGAAUUGACUUUGCCAAGAAAGGAACCCAGCUGGUUUUGCAAACUUGUCGUAUUUCGUCCGGUAUCGGUCUUUGCGGUGACCUUGGGCGCCCAUGUUCUGCUACUGCUGUUAACAGUUCUUCUUGUCAUCAGCGGUUACGACAUAUUGCCAGCAGACUUCGGUCGCGUGCCGUUGAACCUGGAGAAAGACGACACGAAGCUUCGUUUUGACGCGUUUAACUUCGCAAAAUAUGGCGGCGCUGUCACAGCGAAACCUCCCAAUGCAGGAGCACAACAUGAACGUGGGAUCACGUAUCAAACACUCGAAUUCGUUUACGAACUCAAAGACGCGAAUAUUCUGACAAAAAGCAACCUUCUACGAAUGCAGGAAACGGAGAACGCAGUUCUAGAGAAGGAAAUCUACAAAGAAAAACUCUGCCAACUCGUGCAGAGUAAAAAUGGGGCGAAAACUUGCAGACCAACGUUCUCUCUUCUUCGUUUCUUUGAUGGUAGCUACCAGAAGAUGCACCCUGAUUUGUACGACCCGAAUUUUGAGAAUAUUUCGCGGGUUCUUAUGACUGCUCGUGCUCUUAAUCUCACGAGAACAUAUCUCGCUUAUCACUUGGGCAAGGAUGUAGAAUUCGAUAAAGUCAAUGAUAUCGUUAGAACGUCAUAUUGCCGCAGUCUGCUGUAUAUAGGCUGGCCACUCGCGGGAUAUGAUAAUGUUCAGGAGAAAGAGGAGAAACAAACUGAGAGCUUAGAUGAAUAUAUCUUCACAGCGUUUGGUAGCAGUCUAGCUAACUUGGCAAAGGAGGGGAUUGGCGCCAUGAAUUUCUACUAUAACAACCGGGCGUUGCGAAGGAAAGCCACCCAGGAACAAGUCAUAGCCGAUAUGAGACUUGCAAUUAUAAGCUUUGUCUUUAUAGUCGUUUUCAUGUGGCUACAAACUGGUUCGUUGUGGGUCACAGGUUGGGCCAUUUUCAGUAUUCUGUCAAGUUUCAACAUCGCCAACCUGAUCUAUCGCAUUAUCCUGGAUUAUCGUUACUUCGGAGUGUUCCACGUGUUAUCUAUCUUUAUAAUACUUGGCAUUGGUGCAGAUGACAUUUUCGUAUUCACAGAUACCUGGAAACAAUCGGAAGGAAUUGAGUUCCCAAGCAAGGCUCAUCGGUUAGACUUUGUUUACAGACGAGCAGCCAAAGCCAUGUUCAUAACAUCAUUUACAACAAUCGUCGCAUUUCUCUCCAACGCCCCGUCUCCCCUUCUGGCCAUUUCGAGUUUUGGCGUGUUUUCAGCUGUGCUGGUCUUUGUAAACUAUUGCUCCGUCGUCAUCUUCUUCCCAGCCGUUGUCAUAAUGCAUGAGACGUAUCGCAUUGGCAAAUGUUGUUGCUGUUUGUUGACAUGUUGCAAGCGACAAACACCGCAGCCUGAUGAUAGUUCGGCUCAAAAUAAAAGGAAAAGAUUGGGCAAAUAUAUCGCUGAAUUCUUUGAAGAAACAUUCUUUAAUAAGGUAGUGAAACACAAGAUAACAAGAUAUGUGGUGUUGACCUUGUUCUUAGUUGUUAUUAUCGUCUCGAUCAUACUCGCUAUUGGAUUAGAGCCAAACGAGGAGCAGGUUGAAAUCUGGAGUCCUGAUACGAACUGGGCGAAAGUGAGAAAGCUUCGUGAAACGAAAUUUGCAGCCAGCGAGAGUGAUCGUGUGGUUAAGGUGACGAUCGUGUGGGGUUUGAAAAAUCAAGAUCGUAGCGACUGUCAUCACACGGAUUUCAAAUGUCGAGGGAAGACGAUUUUCGAUACAAGUUUUGAUAUGAACUCUCCGCCGUGUCAAAGAUCAGUUCUUAAUUUAUGCGAGAAAUUGAGGAAUCCAUCACCAGACAUUAGUAACAAGCUUAAAUUGAGAAGAAACCAGGUGACGGGCAAAAUUGAGAUGGAGUGUUUCAUGACGAGAAUGGACGAAUAUUUUAAAGCUGAAGGAAACAAAUCCAAGUACACACCGAACAGCGACCUGAGCAUUCCUUCCAGUGAACAGAAGAUGACGACGUUGAUGAAAGGAAACCCUUCACGUUACAACAUGUCCAUGCACUCAAAAGACUAUUUUCGCUUCUUCGAAGUCGGCCUUGGAUUCUUUCUGAGAAAUGGCUCUCAGUCUACUUUUGUCAACAACUAUGAUUACAAAACGUACAGUAAAUACUUCGGUUCAAGAAAUGAUAUUACAACGUCGGGAACUUAUGAAGGUCUGAAGCUACAAGAAAAUCAAUAUGGUAACUCGUUAUUAUUUAUGGCAGUCGCCUUCAAUACGUCACUUCAGGUCGCGAAACUUGGCUACAAAGCUGGGCUACCUGUACAAGACAACUGGGAGGAUUUCGUGAAAACUGAGAUGGAGGAAAUGCCACCGUCGUGCAACAAAGCAUUUCAACAAACUGUUGACGGGUUUAAUAUUUGGCAUUGGUUGAAAGUGCAAAAGAUUUUGAUUAAGAAUGCCGUUCAAGGAAUUGUGAUUGGACUCUUGCUUGCUUUGUUCGUUCUGAUAAUUGCAACAACCAACGUCAUUGUUGGUAUCCUAGCAACGUUCACCAUAGCGAUGAUCACGUGUAGCGUCCUAGCAACCAUCACCUUGUUGGGUUGGAAACUUGGCGUUUUGGAGUCUCUGAAUAUGACCUUAGUCGUUGGCCUCUCUGUGGAUUACGUUGUUCAUUUAGCAGAGGGAUAUAUGGAGCUGGAAGGGGGUAAUCGACUACGACGUACGAAGCACACUCUGGGACAUGUGGGUAUAUCUGUGGUCUCAGGCGCAUGCUCUACACUCGGAGCCUCUGUGGUUAUGUUUGCAGGAAAAAUUAUCUUUUUUAUUCAAUUCGGAACAUUCAUAUUUGUCACUAUCGCCUUUUCUACACUUUAUUCGCUCGUGUUCUUCAGUACAGUGUUAGCUUUGGUUGGACCGGAAGGAAAGCACGGAUCUAUUUUGCCCGUUGUUCGUAAAAUGAAAGAUAUCAUCAUAGGAAAGGGAAAAUAUGAUGUCAUUUGCAAUCAAUGCAACGGUCAAGGUUAUCACAAGAGAAGCGAUUUAAAACGAGAUGAAGACGGCGGAGCGAAUGAGGGAGGCCUGGGAGCGUGUGACGUCCCUAAUACUUGAUCACUCGGUCCCAUAGGGCAGUGACUGUUGAAUCUCAAGGAUAUUAAUUAAUUUUAUAGAGAUUGCCGCGCUUUCGUUCAAUACACGAUGAGUAAUGAAGAAUAGCGAGUCUGUCUUUUGAAUGGUCACCCCCCCUGAAGAAUUUGCAUUUGGUCGCUUGGAAGCUGAGCAUUCAAUGUGAGAGUUUUUAGCUCAUAUGUCAUGUACAGAAUUAUAUUUAAAUAAUUGAUUGCACACCGAAUAAAUGUAUUUUACCAUACUUCAUAUUACGGUAAUCGUCAGCAUGUAAUAAUGACAGGUAAUUGAGGGAUUUUGUCACCUCUGAGAGGCAUCACUUCCUCGAGUAUUCUUGAAAUAAAUACAU